AUGCGCGAAUGGAGGAUGGGUGCAGUGCUUCAUAAUUAUCAGCAUGUCCUCUCAUUGAUUUUUACCGUUCAUGAGAUCAAUAAGAAUCCCAGACUGUUGCCCAAUGUCACUUUGGGUUUCCACAUCUAUGACAACCUUUUUGAUGCAAAAAGUACAUAUGAGACCAUCCUGGACCUAUUGUUCUCAAAGCAAAUGAAUGCAAUUAAUAAUUAUGAUAUGAAUAAGGAUGUUUUGUCUGUCAUUGGAGGUUUCAGUGUCGAAGAUGCCUACCAGAUGGCCACCAUCUUGGAUCAGUACAAGAUACCACAGCUCACUUAUGGAGCCUAUGACACAACACUGAACAGUAAAGCUCAUUUUCCUUCAUUAUAUCGAAUGGCACCAAGUGAAACAAUUCAGCCUAUUGGAAUUGUCCAGAUACUUCUUCAUUUUCAAUGGACAUGGGUUGGCAUCAUUGCUUCAGAUGAUGAUGAUGGAGAAGGCUUUGUGCAGAUUUUAACACCUCUGCUUACCCAGAAUAGCAUUUGUGUUGCCUUAUUGCUCAAGAUUGAAAAAGUGGAACUUGCCUAUGGUGGGAAACCUACUACACAAAUGUCAAGGAUUGAUGCAGCACUUGAGUCUGAAGUCAGUGUGUUUAUUGUCAGUGGAAGUUACCAUUCUCUAUGGGACUUAAAACUUAGAUUACGAGUACGUAAAUUGUUUGAAACUGUUGAUUUUAGGAAAGUUUGGAUUACAACAGCUCGGUGGGAUUUCACUAAGGAAACAAGUGUAUUCCGUGGUUUUGAUGACACAUUCAAUGGCACCUUGUAUUUCUCAGUACAGACAGAUCCCGUUCCCGGAUUCGAGAAUUUCCUGAAGAAUUUAAAACUUGAUGAAUCAGUGAUGCCCUUUCUCUGUUUAUUCUGGCAAUAUGCAUUUAGCUGUUCACUUUCUCGUGGAAAGUUUUCACGUUGCAAAUAUGAUCGCAGAUGUAAAGGAAAGGAAAAAGUAGAACGAUUACCUGCAUAUAUGUUUGACAUGGAUAUUACUAGUAAGAGCUAUGCUGUCUACAAUGCUGUCUAUGCAAUAGCUCAUGCUUUACAUGCCAUUGAUGUGUCAAGUCAAACGCUAAUGAUGGAUAGAGGCAAAUUCAAACACUUGAAUCUUCAGCCAUGGCAGGUCAAUUCUUUAUUGAAAAAUAUCCACUUUAACAAUGGUGCUGGGCAGGAAGUCUUGAUAGAAAAUGGAGAAGUUUCAGCUGGCUAUGAUAUCAUCAACUGGGUUCUUUUUCAAAACCAGUCAUUCCUCAAACUCCAGGUUGGAAAAAUUUCAGCAAGUCACAGUUUCACCCUCAGAGACGAUAUAAUUAGGUGGAAUAGCAAAUUGAAACAGAUACCACCCCAAGCAAAGUGUGUUGAGAGCUGCCCACUUGGAUACAGGAAGAUGGAUCAGGCAGGAAAACAGGCCUGCUGCUAUGACUGUGCUCCAUGUCCAGAAGACAUGAUAUCUAAUGAAACAGAUGCAAUUAAUUGUGCCAAGUGCCCAGAAGAGCAGUAUCCAAAUGCGGACAAAAAUGAAUGCAUCUACAAAGUCAAAACUUUCCUAACCUAUGAGGAGCCCUUGGGAAUCGUUUUAGUUUUCAUAGCUCUUUCCUUUGCUGUGGUCACUGGUAUGGUGAUAUACACCUUUAUGAAAAACUGGAAUACCCCCAUUGUCAAAGCCAACAACCAGAACAUUACCAUCACUCUUCUCAUCUCCAUCCUGCUUUGCUUCCUUUCUUGCUUGCUCUUCAUUGGCAAACCUGGGAAGGUGACUUGCCUUCUACGGCAAACAGCCUUUGGCAUUGUGUUCUCGGUUGCAGUUUCUUCUGUGCUGGCAAAGACCAUCAUUGUGAUCCUGGCCUUUCUGGCCACAAAGCCGGGCAACACAAUGAGGAAAUGGCUAGGGCAGAAGGUGGCAAAUGCUGUUGUUCUCUCCUGCUCCCUCAUCCAAGUAGGCAUUUGUACUGCUUGGCUGUCCGUCUCUCCUCCAUUCCUAGAUCUUGACACGCACUCUCUGUCUGGGCACAUCAUCGUUGAAUGCAAUGAAGGUUCAAUCACCAUGUUCUACAGUGUCCUUGGCUACCUGGGCUUUUUGGCCAUCAUCAGCUUCACUGUGGCUUUCCUCGCCAGAAAGCUGCCUGACUCUUUCAACGAAGCCAAGUUCAUCACAUUCAGCAUGUUGGUGUUUUGCAGUGUCUGGGUCUCCUUUAUUCCAGGUUAUCUGAGCACAAAAGGGAAAUACAUUGUGGCAGUAGAGGUGUUUGCCAUCUUGGCUUCCAACACUGGCCUCUUGGCUUGCAUCUUCUUCCCCAAAUGUUAUAUCAUCGUUCUAAGACCUGAUCUAAACACCAGGAAGCAACUAACAGGAAAAGGGAAUUAA